AUGGCCCCCGCCCAUGAAGUGGUAGAUGGCUACCUUACUCCUAACGGCCCCUCGUGGCUCGCUCAUGCCAAUAUGGCUCCCUCAACUUCCUUCCAGACGCCGAAUUCCCCCCUCAGACGCCCUCCAUUCAUACCCUACUCUUCUUUCGGGCCCGAGCCGGCACCGGAGGAUGGGGCGGCUCAUCCACCUGCCGAGGCGCGGGCAGAGUCGAACGAGUCCAGUCCCAGUAACGAGAAGGACGGCGAUGCUAACCACUCCAGCCUCGAUAAGACAAUGGCCACCGGGGGAAUGGCAAAUGUGAUACAUUCUCUUCCAUACGACGCCGCUUGGCUCAACGGCGUGGCCACCGCCUUUUUUCUCUUCAAUAUCAUCCUGUUCAUCAUGAAUUGUGUGCUUGCCGGUUUACGCUUCAAGCUUCGACCAGGCUCGCUCAAACAUUCCUUCACCGACCAGACUGAGUCCCUCUUUAUUCCUUCAUCUGUUGUGUCGGUUGCCAUUGUAUCGAUCAAUAUAUGCCAAUUCGGCGUUCCACGUGUUGGCCCUUGGCUUCUCAGAGUCAUGCAGAUUAUGUUCUGGUCCUAUACAGCCUUGAGCGUGCUAGCUAGCUCGACUAUCUACCUGGUUCUGUGGUCGACAACAGCCUUCCCUAUUCAUACCAUGACACCGACAUGGGUAUUUCCAGCCUAUCCACUUCUUCUCACGGCACCUUUCGCGAGCAACCUCAUUCAAGCCGCAGCCCAAGCCAAUCAACACACCGUCACUCUCAACACUCCUGCAAUUGCUCUCUCUGCCGUGGCUACUCAAGGUGCGGGUUGUAUGAUUGCCUUCAUGAUCUCGGCUGCCUUCAUCUACCGGUUAAUGACACAAAAGCUUCCCCGAGACUUCCAGCGUCCUGGUGUGUUCAUUUCUGUCGGGCCGUUUGCAUUCACGGUGGGAGGACUAGUGCAACUCGGCAACGAGGCAGCGACCAUCCUGCCUAGCGAUUUCCUCGACACUGACAUGGCCGUGCCUAUCGUUAGAGUCAUGUCUGCCUUUAUCGGUCUGUGGCUAUGGGGCCUGUCCCUGUGGUUCUUCAUCGUCUCUGUUGGGUCGCUCUGGAAAGUUAUAUGGCCAAAAAAGAAGAUGUCUUUCCAGAUGAACUGGUGGUCGUUCGUGUUCCCGAACACGGCGCUGAUUACUGCCACCACAAGCCUUGGAAAAGUUUUCGAGAACAGGGGGCUGCAGAUCUCCGGAUGUGUUAUGGCCGCGUGUUUAAUAGUUGUAUGGUUUAUUGUGUUUGGGUCGAUGAUUCGAUCCUUAUACCAAAGGGAACUCUUGUGGCCAAAAGAUACCCAGUAA